AUGUUGCUUCUCAUGCAACAACAGCAACAGAUGAUGGUCACUAAUAUGCAACAGCAACAGCAGAUGAUGGUCACUAUGAUGGGGGCCAUGGCCCAGAACAUGGGUAUGCCACAACCGGCGCAACCCAGCUUAACCGCACCCGCAAACAACGUGAGCAACCUGUUUGAGCAGUUCCAGCGGUACAGGCCGCCUACGUUUGCAGGAACCCACCGCCCUGAGGAAGCGGAGUACUGGAUCAAUCGAGUAACCAAACUGCUUGGGCCUCUCCAUUGUACCAAGGCAGAGAACGUUGAACUCAUUUCCUACCUCUUUAAGAAGGAGGCAGACUUAUGGUGGGAAAGCGUUCUCCACUCCAUUCCCGAGAACCACGUGUGGACCUGGGAGGCGUUUGAGAGUCGUUUCAACGAGAAAUACCUCCCUCAGACAUACCAGCAUGAGAGGAAAAACGAAUUCAUCCACCUCCAACAAGGGGGAAUGACUAUAGCGCAAUACGAAAAUCAAUUUAUGGAAUUGUCGCGCUAUGCUUCCGAGAUGAUCGCCAACGAGGCGAUUAAGAUGAGGCGAUUCUCGGAGGGGUUGAGGAGCGAUAUUCGCUCUAAGAUGUGUUGUGCCAGCAUCAAAACAUAUGUCGAGCUCGUUGAGAUGUCAAUUCAGGCAGAGCAGGAUGAGGAGCGUGUCUCACGGGCCCAUUCACAGCUAGGGCUACGUAACAUGAUGGAGGGACCAUCCUCUUCUUUUGCUGGAAAAAGGCCACGCCCAAACUCUCUACCCCAUCUAACCGCCACACCGGCCCUUUCUGCACGGUCGGCCCAAAUAUGUAAUUACUGCAGGAGGGCGGGUCACUCUAAACCCUACUACUUUACCAAAAUGAGGGAUCUUGGCUUCACGACACCGCAACGCAACAACAGGCCCCCACAGCUGGCAUUACAGAUUCCGCCCCUACGGGCGAUGAGCCCUAGCCAACAGUUUCGCCGUCCACCAUUACCUCAGGUUAGGCCGCCACAACGGCCCAUGCAUCGACCGAACCUUCCUCAAGAGGUGCGAGUUCAUGCCUUAGCGGCCGAGGGCCAAGAUGCAAACAUUCUCAAUCCUACGGCCUUCGAGGUGACGGCCCACGUUCAAGGUACUCCAAUAUUUCUUCUAAGGGACACUGGAUCUACUGUUUCACUCGUAUCGCAUACAACCGUCAAGCGCUUAGAGCUACACCUCACUCCUAUCAUAAGAGUGAAAAUCAUUGCCGCCGCCGAAACUAUUGCUGAAGUGACCAGGAUGUGUUGUGACUGCCCCGUAGACUUGGGGGGCAAGGUGGUACUCAUCGAUCUGAUCGUAAUUAAGAUUUUUCAUUACGACGUCAUCCUGGGUAUGGACUGGUUGACACCGAUGAAGGCGGAAAUCGAUUGUGAAAUAAGGACAGUGAAAAUAUACGAGGGCGACGAAGUUCCCUUCAUGUUCCCAUUCCAGAACGUGUUUAAGGCCAUACUUGGACUUCCACCUCAACUUGACAUAGACUUCACGAUCGAUCUAGUUCUGGGUGCCAAGCCCAUCUCCUUGCCUACUUACCGCAUUCCCCCAUGUGAGAUGGAAGAGCUGCGGUCUCAAAUUGACAAUUUGCUAAAGUCAGGCUUCAUCCGACCCAGUGUAUCGCCAUGGGGAGCCCCGGUCCUAUUUGUAAAGAAGAAUGACUGCUCUUUACAACUAUGUGUGGAUUACAGGAGACUGAACGAAGUGACAGUUCGGAACAAAUACCCGUUGCCCAGAAUCGACGAUUUAUUCGACCAGUUGAGGGGUGCUCAAUAUUUCUCAAAGAUCGAUCUACAAUCGGGGUAUCAUCAGCUGCGAGUUAAGGACGAGAAUAUACAGAAAACGGCCUUUAGGACCUAUUUUGGCCAUUAUGAGUUCCUGGUGAUGUCGUUCGGGCUCACCAAUGCCCCAGCGGUAUUCAUGGACCUCAUAAACAGAAUCUUUAGGCCAUUCUUAUACAGAUUCAUCAUCGUGUUCAUCGACGACAUAUUGAUUUAUUCAAAAAGCCGUGAAGAGCAUGGAGAACAUUUAAGGGCAGUCUUCGAGACCCUAAAGAAAAAUCAACUGUUUGCACAAUUUAGGAAAUGUGCCUUCUGGAAGGAGGAGAUCAAAUUUCUUUAA